AUGGCUGACGCUAUUGCUAAUAACAGCACCAUUGUGGAUCUGGGUAGUGGAAGCCUGGACAAGAUCAAUAUUCUCUUGGAUGUCCUCGAAGCGCAAAAGAAGAAUGUCACAUACGACGCUCACGAUCUCAGCCGUGCAGAGUUGGAGUCGACACUCCGCACAUUACCCAUUGAGCGAUGGAAAUACGUCCAUGGUGCUGCUUUGCACGGCACCUUUGAGGAUGGACUUGCCUGGAUGAAAAGUGAUGCUGAACAGCUCGGUCGACCGCAUUGCGCUCUCUUUCUUGGGUCACCAAUGGGCAACUUUUCCUGCGAGAAUGCAGCCAACUUCAUCCGUAGCAUGGCGGAAGCAACAUGCUCAACGGACAUACAGAGCUCGAUCUUGAUCAGCAUCGACUCUUGCAAGCUUCCGACAAAAGUUUCACGAGCAUACACCGCGGAUGGAGUAGUGCCUUUUACACUGGCAGGAUUGCAGUACGCUAGCACCAUUGUUCAAGCCGCCAGCAGCAAUUUUGAAUGUCACAUCAUGGACGUUUUCAAAUCCGAGGAUUGGUACUAUCUCAGCGAGUACAAUCCAGUUAUGGGUCGACAUAAGGCUUCGUACACUCUGCGGGAUCGUGAUAUACAACUGGGUGCUUCUUUAGAUCAUAUCACUGUGAAGAAAGGGGAAAAGAUUCGAUUCGCCUACAGCCAUAAGUAUGAUGCUAGUGAGCGCAAAGAACUCUUCGACAAAGCUGGCGUCGUUGCCAUCAAUUCCUGGGCUGACCCGAAAUGCGAUCUUGCGUUCUAUCUGCUUAAGCCUGCAAGUGAUCUGGGGAGUUAG